UCCAGGCGCAGGACGAAGUUUACCAGCUGCACAGCCACAGAAACAAACCUGAGAGCGAGCGGGGGGACACGGGGACACGGGGACAUCGUGAAAGCGACUGGACAAUCAGAGAGGCUAUGGGGAGCGUCAAAGUCGAGUGUGUGGUGAAGGAGCCGAGUGAGAUCGGAGAAGGUCCAGUCUGGGAGGAGAAAGAUGCCACUCUACUGUAUGUCGACAUCUAUGGCCCGAAGAUCAGCAGGUGGAACUCGCUGACCAAUCAGAUUGACAGCAUGAAGACAGAGACGUACGUGGGCUGUGUGGUUCCGCGGAGGUCAGGAGGCUACGUAAUGGGAGAGGGAACACGCUUCGCUGCUAUAGACUGGGAGAAGCGCGCCUUAACGACGAUCGCUAACGUGGACACGGAAAAGAGCAACACCCGCUUCAACGAUGGGAAGGUGGAUCCAGCUGGCAGGUUUUUCGCAGGCACCAUGGCGAUCGAGGUGCGUCCGGCUGAGCUGGAGAGAAAACAGGGCUCGCUGUACAGUCUGCACCCUGAUCACUCCGUCGUCACACACUUCGAUCAGGUGGAUCUCUCUAACGGGUUGGACUGGUCUCCGGAUCAUCGCUUUUUCUACUAUGUAGACAGUCUGACCUGUAUGGUGGAGGCUUUUGAUUAUGAUUUACACACUGGAGGAUUGGCUAAUCGCAGAAUGGUGUACAGGCUUGAGAAAGAUGAAGGGAUACCUGAUGGCAUGUGCAUUGACGCGGAAGGUAAAAUAUGGCUGGCCUGCUACAACGGAGGACGAGUGCUCCGCAUCGACCCUCACACAGGGAACAGGCUGCAGACAGUGAAGCUGCCUGUCGCUAAAGUCACCUCGUGCUGUUUCGGAGGGAAAGACUACACCGAUCUAUACGUCACCUCUGCUUAUAAAGGCAUGGACAAGGAAGCGCUCGCCAGAGAAUCCCAAGCUGGCUGCAUUUUUAGGGUCACUGGUUUAGGAGUAAAGGGAAUUCCUCCGUAUUCGUUCUCCGGCUGAAACUCCAGAGCACUUUGGAUUUAGUGAAUUACACUAAAGCGCUAUACUAAUUAUGUUCUUCAAAACUGACAUCUGAUCUAAUAAUCAUCUGAAUUAAGCAUCUUUUUGUCUCCCUAGAACAUUACAUCCAUGUCAACACAUUUCAGUUAGUAUUUUAAAAGGGAAUUAAAGCCUUAGUGACUGAAUUAGUUGGCAAAAUUCUGGAGAUAAACUUGCAAAUAAUAAAAAUAGUAACAGGAUAAUAAUAAUUAGUCUAUAUAAUAAUAACUAUUAUUAUUUUGAUUAAAAAAAAUAAAAAUUACUUUAUAAAGUAAUCUGAAAUUAUGGAUAUUUAAAUGAGAUCCAAAAUGUUUACCCCCAUAAACCUGUAGUAACAAAACAUAAUAAUGUUGUCUUGUUUUACAUUUAUAUUCGCUUAAAUAUUGUUAGUAAGAUGUUCAGUCAGCUGUACCAGUCAGUGCUCUCAUAUACAUUGAGUCAGACUCAUUCAGCAUUAGGGGUUCAGGGGGAUGGUGUGAAGAAACCGGAAAACCCAGAGAAAACCACAGAGACAAGGAGAAACUGUACAGACAGUACCUCGAGCUCAGGAACGAGCCCAGGAUCCUGGAGCCAUGAGACUGCCACACUACUGUACUUGCAGGUCCACCAUACUGCCUCAUUUUUGUUAUUAAUUAUUUUAAUGUUGAUGUAUUAUUGUUUUUUUUUUGUUUAUGUUAUAUUACAGAUGAAGUUAUGUAUU